AGAAGGCUAGUCAGGUGACACUCUAAUCAUGAAUAACAACAUGGCCAUGUAUUUAGGUUUGUUUUGGGGAAUUGUUGAUAUUGCUCUUUGUCAAGGUCAUUUUAGUCGUAAUCGGUUAUAUGUGAAAGCGUUUGAACGUGGUGAUGAAGUAUUUCCUGUGGUUGUAAAUACAUGGCCCUUCACAAAUGCGACUAAAACCGCUUGGAAUGUACUAAAUAAUGGAGGAUCAGCAUUGGAUGCGGUGGAACAAGGUUGUAAACAGUGCGAGAUUGAUCAAUGUGAUGGAACCGUUGGGUUUGGAGGCAGUCCUGAUGAGAACGGUGAAACGACGUUGGAUGCCAUGAUCAUGGAUGGCGUAACCCAUGACGUUGGUUCCGUGGCAGACUUGAGACGGAUUAAGGACGCUAUUUCAGUCGCUAGAAGUGUUAUGGAGCAUUCAUCACAUACAUUGAUAGCUGGCGAAUCAGCAACAAAUUAUGCAAUUGAGAUGGGAUUUAAGGAAGAAAGUUUAUCAACUAAUCAUUCAAAAAAAAUAUGGGAGGACUGGAAGAACAAAAAUUGCCAACCUAAUUAUCGAAGAAAUGUGUCACCAGAUGCAAACAAGUCAUGUGGUCCAUAUAAACCAACCAAAUCACUCCGUGCUGCUACACACAAGAAUAAGGAACCUAGAUUCAGUAAGGAUAUCUCAAUCACGAACCAUGAUACCAUUGGUAUGGUUGUGGUAGAUGGUAACGGUAACCUUGCUGGUGGUACAUCAACGAAUGGUGCUAAUCAUAAAGUGCCAGGUCGUGUAGGUGACUCGCCAAUAGCUGGCGCUGGUGCUUAUGUUGACAACGACGUUGGGGGAGCUGCAGCUACUGGUGACGGAGAUGUAAUGAUGCGAUUCUUACCAAGUUACCAAGCAGUGGAGAGUAUGCGACAAGGCAUGGACCCUACAUCAGCUGCACAGGAUGCAAUCAAAAGGAUAAUCAGAUUUUACCCACAAUUCAGUGGUGCUUUAGUGGCAAUUACUAAAUCGGGAUCAUAUGGUGCAGCUUGUCAUGGAUUUGGAACGUUCCAUUACUCUGUUCGUAACAGAAAUAUGCAAAAUGUUACCGUAGAAGAAGUGCCAUGUAUGACAUUAUAACAGAGGUUUAUGUGAUGGUUGUAUGAUGAAGUUGUCAAGCAAGCUAUUUACAAAUUCUUCACAGGGUUUUUAGGAAUAAUGAAAGUGAUACUAGGUUUGGUCAACAGGAUUUUGUGCUUCUAUCAGGUCGUUAUAUUUGUAAGAAGGCGUCAAUGAAACUUCUUACACCAAGUGCCGGAAACUGGGAACUGGGAAACAGGAUUGACAAUUUUUCUGAUAUGGGGGAGUUAAAAUAUUUUGCAUACAUAUUUAUUUGUAGAAGUCAUGGUGUACAUGAAUAUGUAAUGGACGAUGUGAAAGAUUUUAAUGGACAAGAACAAAUUUCUUCUUAAUGGAAAUGAAAUUUUCUAUAAUCAAUAGAAAAAACACUGUAUUGUUGAUUAGGCGGUGGUAGACUGAGAUCCAGUUUAAAGCAAAGAAUUAAUAAUAAUAAUAAUAAUAAUAUACUUUAUUUUUAUACGGAUACACUUGAUUCACCCAAUGGUGUUUUUCGUCAAGGCCGUGCAAGGCCAUAUGCAAUGUAACAAAAUAUAAGGAAAAUGAAAAUGUAAACAACAAAAUGAAAACCACAUUUAAAUAAAAGGUUAAAAAACAGAGUAAAUAAUAAUAAUUAUAAUAUAAGGAAAAAAAGUGCUACAGACAAAAUUAAUCCUCAGGUGAUUAAAGUUCGGGUGAUUAAAUUCAGACUGUUAACUCCAUUAAGUGAUGGUUUUCGUCUAAAUACCAGAAUAUAACAUCUUUAGUAAUUUUAUCAAUCUAUAAAAAAAUUUCUAUUUUAUUUUCAAGUCAGUAAGACUAAUGUUGGUCUGGCAAGUACUUAAUAUACUUUCAUUAUUGUUAAAGAUACAAUUGGCUAUAGAGAUAUAGUGCAUUAACAUGUUCACCAUGUUUAAAAAGUAAAGAAACAAAAUAAAAAAACAAAAAAAAA